CCACGCCUCUCCUCUAACCCCCGCCUUCUCUUUGCUCCUCCUGCAAGCUCUGCUUAGAUUAAGCAGUCAGUCAGUCUCUUCCCAGACGGGCUCUCAGCUCUCGCCUUCUUAUUGUCUGUCUCAUCGAACUUCUGCAACAGCAAAAAAAAGAGAGAAAAGGGGAUCGAAUCAAUAAUAAUAAAAAUAAUAAUAAAAAGCCGGGGAAACUUGUGAGGAAGGGAGGCCGGCUGCUUUGCAUUGAGGACCGGGAGAGUGCCGUUUUCCACUCGUGCAUGCUGAUCUCGGCAGGGUAUAUCAGUGCUGAGCAUCGAUCACGGCUCCCACUGGUGUCUGAGCAGCGCUCGCAGAGAGGAGGCAAUGCUGUUACGGAGGAGAGCCCUGCUGGCUGAUACAUCCUUCAGGCUUAUCAUUGUCUUGCUAUGCUUACGGGUGAAGGUGUCUGUAGCAUCGGGGCAGUUCGAGUUGGAAAUCUUGUCUAUGCAGAAUGCCAAUGGAGAGUUGCAGAAUGGGAAUUGCUGCGAUGGAAUCCGCAACCCGGCAGACAGAAAGUGCACCAGGAACGAGUGUGACACUUACUUUAAAGUUUGCUUGAAGGAAUAUCAGUCCAGGGUGUCUGCGGGAGGGCCCUGCAGCUUCGGCUCCGGAUCUACCCCUGUCAUAGGAGGCAAUUCCUUUAACUUAAAACCCAGCCGCAAUCACGAAAAGAAUCGGAUCGUGCUCCCGUUCAGUUUUGCUUGGCCGAGGUCUUAUACUUUGGUGGUAGAAGCAUGGGAUUACAACAAUGACACGAACGAUCCUGGCGAACUUAUAGAGAAAGCCCUUCACUCCGGGAUGAUUAACCCAAGCCGACAAUGGCAGACUCUGAAGCAGAAUGCCGCAAUGACACAAUUUGAAUACCAAAUCAGAGUAAUUUGUGACGAGCAUUAUUAUGGUUUUGGCUGCAACAAGUUUUGUCGACCAAGAGAUGACUUCUUUGGACAUUAUACGUGCGAUCAGAACGGAAACAAAACGUGUCUUGAAGGCUGGAUGGGACCUGAAUGCAACAAAGCAAUAUGUCGCCAAGGCUGCAGUCCAAAACACGGUACUUGCAAGACGCCAGGAGAUUGCAGAUGCCAAUACGGCUGGCAAGGCCAGUACUGUGACAAGUGCAUCCCGCACCCUGGAUGUGUCCAUGGCACAUGCAUCGAGCCGUGGCAGUGUCUGUGCGACACUAACUGGGGUGGCCAGCUGUGUGAUAAAGAUCUGAACUACUGCGGAACAUAUCAGCCAUGUCUGAAUGGAGGCACAUGCAGUAAUACGGGCCCAGACAAAUACCAGUGUUCCUGUCCUGAGGGUUAUUCGGGUCAAAACUGUGAAAUUGCUGAACAUGCCUGUCUUUCUGAUCCCUGCCACAAUGGAGGAAGUUGCUUGGAGACCUCUCUGGGUUUUGAAUGUAAUUGUGCCCAAGGCUGGACUGGCCCUACAUGUACCAUCAACAUUGAUGAUUGCUCCCCUAAUCCCUGCGGACAUGGCGGGACCUGCCAGGAUCUGGUGGAUGGCUUUAAAUGCGCUUGUCCUUCUCAGUGGACAGGAAAAACCUGUCAAAUCGAUGCCGACGAAUGUAAAGCAAAACCUUGCGUGAAUGCAAACUCUUGCAGAAACCUGAUCGGUAGCUACUAUUGUGACUGCGUUCCUGGCUGGACUGGUCAGAACUGUGACACAAAUAUUAACGAUUGCAUCGAUCAAUGUCAAAACGGAGGAACCUGCAGGGACCUUGUUAAUGGGUUUCGUUGUAUAUGUCCACCCGGCUAUACUGGAGAUCGUUGUGAGAAAGAUGUCAAUGAAUGUGCUAGCAACCCUUGUUUGAAUGGAGGUCACUGCCAGGAUGAAAUCAAUGGAUUUCAAUGUUUGUGUCCUGCUGGUUUCUCAGGAAACCUCUGUCAGUUGGACAUAGAUUAUUGCGAGCCCAACCCUUGCCAGAAUGGAGCCCAGUGCUUUAACCUCGCCGUAGAUUACUUCUGUAACUGCUCCGAGGACUACGAGGGGAAGAAUUGUUCGCACUUAAAGGAUCAUUGUCGCACGACCCCCUGUGAAGUGAUUGACAGUUGUACCGUGGCAGUGGCUUCAAAUAGUACCCCAGAAGGCGUGCGGUAUAUUUCUUCAAAUGUUUGUGGCCCCCAUGGGAAAUGCAAGAGCCAACCGGGUGGCAAAUUCACCUGUGAGUGCAACAAGGGCUUCACAGGAACCUACUGUCAUGAGAAUAUCAAUGAUUGCGAAAGCAACCCCUGUAGGAACAGCGGGACCUGCAUUGAUGGAGUGAACUCUUAUAAAUGUAUCUGUAGUGAAGGAUGGGAAGGAACAUACUGUGAAACGAACAUCAAUAACUGCAGUAAAAAUUCUUGCCACAAUGGAGGUACUUGUCGGGACUUGGUUAACGAUUUUUACUGCGAAUGCAAGAAUGGGUGGAAAGGAAAAACAUGCCACUCCCAGGACAGCCAGUGUGACGAAACCACGUGCAACAAUGGUGGGACAUGCUAUGAUGAAGGCGAUACAUUCAAAUGCAUAUGUUCUGCUGGAUGGGAGGGCACAACAUGUAAUAUUGCGAGAAACAGCAGCUGUUUGCCAAAUCCCUGCUUCAAUGGUGGAACUUGCGUAGUCCGUGGGGACUCCUUCACUUGUGUUUGCAAAGAAGGCUGGGAAGGUCCGACAUGCUCUCAGAAUACUAAUGACUGCAAUCCACAUCCAUGCUACAACAGUGGAACAUGUGUGGAUGGAGACAACUGGUACCGCUGUGAAUGUGCCCCCGGCUUUGCUGGCCCAGACUGCAGGAUUAAUAUCAACGAGUGUCAGUCUUCCCCCUGUGCUUUUGGAGCUACAUGCAUUGAUGAGAUCAACGGCUUCCGUUGUGUUUGCCCACCUGGUCGUGUUGGCCCAAGAUGUCAAGAAGUUACAGGAAGGCCUUGCAUAACUGGUGGUCAUAUAAUGCCAGAUGGUGCAAAAUGGGAUGACGACUGCAAUGCUUGCCAGUGUUUGAACGGGAAGGUUACAUGCUCAAAGGUGUGGUGCGGCCCUCAACGUUGUGAAAUGCACAGUAUAAGUGGCAGUGAGUGCCCUACUGGACAGUCGUGUGUUCCCAUUAAAGACAAUCACUGCUUCGUUCCUCCCUGCACUGGAGUGGGAGAAUGCUGGCCCUCCAACCAGCCACCGGUGAAGACUAAGUGCAACGCAAAUACCAGUUACCAAGACCGCAGCUGUGCCAACAUCACUUUCACAUUCAACAAGGAGAUGAUGUCUCCGGGCCUCACUACAGAGAGCAUUUGCAACGAACUGAGGAAUCUUAACGUUUUGAAGAAUGUUUCUGCUGAAUAUUCCAUCUACAUCACUUGUGAGCCGUCUCCUCUGGCAAACAAUGAAAUACAUGUUGCUAUAUCUGCUGAAGAAGGCCAGGAUGGCAGAAACCCCGUGAAAGACAUCACUGAUAGAAUCAUCGAACUAGUAAGCAAACGAGAUGCCAAUAAUACAUUCAUCGCAUCUGUGGCAGAGGUCAGAGUGCAGAGAAGACACACAAAGAACAAGACAGAUUUUCUGGUGCCGUUGCUGAGUUCCGUUCUCACCGUGGCUUGGAUCUGUUGCCUGGUAACGGCUUUUUAUUGGUGCAUUCGGAAGCGGAGAAAGCAAAGUAGCCACAUGCAUACGGCCUCUGACGACAACACCACCAACAACGUGCGGGAGCAGCUGAACCAAAUCAAAAAUCCCAUAGAUAAACACGGGGCCAACGGUGUUCCCAUCAAAGACUACGAGAACAAAAAUUCCAAAAUUGCAAAAAUAAGGACACACAAUUCUGAAGUAGAAGAAGACGACAUGGACAAGCACCAACAGAAAGCCCGAUUUGCAAAGCAGCCAGCUUACACAUUGGUGGACAGAGACGAAAAGCCCCCCAACAGCACCCCCACAAAACAGCCAAACUGGACAAAUAAACAAGACAACAGAGACUUAGAAACUGCACAAAGUUUAAACCGAAUGGAAUACAUUGUAUAGCAGACAGCGGCACUGCCGUGCAGGGCUUGUGAUCUGCUGUAUGGGGCUCGGAAUUUCUAGUUCUUAAACUGUUGUGUAAUAUUUUGAGUCUAAGGCUAUUAUUUACUUAGAAUCCCUAUGUUAAUUUAAGUUUUGACAAGCUGGCUUACACUGGCAAUGAUAGUUGCUGUGGUUGGCUGGAAUACUAAGUGCUGCAUUUCACAUCUAUGCAAAACUAGUCAAAAGUGCCCUAAUGUAAACUCCACUGCGGCUGAAACAUCGUGGAAAAGCAUCGUAUGAUAUUGUAUAGCCUUUGGAAAUGUCUUAGCUCUUAAUUUUGCUUCAAGGUUUUCAGCAGGAAUCUGUAAGAAUACAGUCUUUAGAAUAAUUUUAUUUAUAUUUAUUAUUUUUGUGUAUAUUAGUUUUUAUGGUGAUGUACAACUAGUUCUGUAUCUGAAAAGUGCCUUUGUAGGUCAGAACCACAGCAACUAUCGAAAAUGUAUUUAUUUUUAUUUUUUUUUGUAUUUUUUUGUUGGAAAAGGGGUUGGGAGGGACUGUCAGCUGUUGCUGGUAAAAUGAAGAAAUGUCAAGUAGUUUUUUUGUAUAGAAAUGUAAAUAAUUUUUUUUUAUUUUUUAUUAAUCACUGUGUAUAUUUGAUUUAUUAACUUAAUAAUCAAGAGCCUUAAAUAUCAUUCCUUUUUAUUUAUACUUGUUUAGAGUUGAAGGUAUUUGAUAGCUUUUGUAAGCUUUUGGGGGGGCUUAAUUUUUUUUUUUUUUAAAUUCAGUUCAUGUUACAUGUUACCUAUAUGCCAAAAUUAAGGUGUUCUAAAAAUAGUUUAUUUUUUAAGAAUAGGAAGGGCUCAGAUACCUUGUUGCUGUUUUUUUUGUACAAUGUCUCAUGUAAAACAAAAAAAAAUCAAAAAAACAAAAAACACCUUUAUAUAGUAUCACUUUAAGACUUUGUUUUGUAAAGUUCAGAAUGACCAUUUUGAAAGUUAGACUUUAGAACAGUCUUUGCUGCUUUGGCUUUCUUAUUAUAAAAUACAAAAUUUAAAAAAAUAAAAAUAAAACGUGACUGGCAGAUAUUCUGCUACAAGGCAGUUCAAGGGAGUAAAUUGAGUUAUUUCUUUGUGUACAAGAAAUAUAAGGUGUGCAAAAUAAAAAUGAAAAAAGUGUGAAGUUGGAAGCACAGCAAUACUGUUUUUUGUUUUUGUAAAUUCAUAUAAUUUUUCCAGUAUGAAAAUGUACUACAGAACCACUUGUAGAUAUUAUUUUUUUAAUAUUUUUUUUUUAAUCUGGUGAUACUAGGGAGUAUUCCAUUAAGCUAGUCGUUGAAUACUUGAACAGUAGAAAUCCAGUGAUCACUGUUGCUUUUCCAUACCUUACACUGCCUGCCUUAACAUUGAAUAACGUCACACCUGCAGUGGUGGAGUGGAGUACAAGAGGGUUUUUAUCACAGCAACUGACUGUAACACCCCUGCUACUGUAGAUGGUAUACAAAAAAAAAUACUUUGCUUAAGUAUACUUCAAAACCUAAACAAAGUGAUCAGCAGUUAGCCACUGAGAUGCUAAAGAUAUCCUGUAUUGUGAUAUUAGUGUUAUAUAAAACUUCAAUACAAUUUUGAUGUGCUGUUCAGGCGACAAAUUUUUGGAAAGUAAUAUUUAUUAAAUUUCUUUUGUAUGAAAACCUAA